CGGUGUUGAGCGAGCACCCCAGAGCCCCAGCCAGCGCCGUUCUCACCAGCCGCCUAGCAAACUGCGCUUUCCUGCACCGCCGUUGCUGCCAUGGCCCCGGCUACCAGGCCUCUGUCGGGACGUAUCUGCGUGGUGACCGGCGCCUCGCGGGGCAUCGGGAAAGGCAUCGCGCUGCAGCUGUCGGAGGCGGGAGCCACCGUGUAUAUCACGGCCCGGCAUCGGGAAGCUCUGGAGCGAGCGGCGGGGGAGGUGCAAGGCCGGGGCGGGAAGUGCGUGCCGGUGGUGUGCGACUCUUCCCAAGAGGAGGAUGUGGCGGCGCUGUUCGAGCGCGUCCAGCGGGAGCAAGCCGGCCGCCUGGACGUUUUGGUCAACAGCGCUUUCUCCGGGGUGAGCUCCAUCGCCCAAGAGAUAGGUGUGCCCUUCUGGGAAAGCGCAGCGUCCCUCUGGGACCAGAUCAACGACGCAGGCUUGAGAGGCCACUAUUUCUGCACGGUUUAUGCUGCCCGGCUCAUGGUGCCCGCCGGGCGUGGGCUCAUUGUCAUCAUCUCCUCGCCCGGUGGGCUGCGGUACAUGUUCGACGUCCCGUACGGGGUGGGCAAGGCUGCCUCCGACCGCCUGGCGGCCGACUGUGCGGUCGAACUGCGCGACUUCGGCGUGGCCUGCGUGGCCCUCUGGCCCGGGCUCGUUCGCACCGAAACAGUCAUGCAGCAAGCGGACGGUGCCAAGUCAUUGUUCAAGGACCUGUCGGAGCGACUGGCCGCCACGGGAGAGACUCCCGAAGUGAGCGGGAAAUGCGUGGUGGCCCUGGCCUCCGACCCCCAGGUCAUGCGGCACAGCGGCAAAGUGGUGCUCAGCCCGGACCUUGCCCGCCUCUACCGGUUCAAGGACGUGGAUGGACGAGACAUCUACAACUAUGUUUCGGUUCGGAACGUCCUUACCGGACUGAUGCCCAAACUGUCUUUCCUUUUCUGGUUCAUUCCCCCCUUUAUCACCUUGCCUAAGUGGGCCCUUGCUCUUUAUUCCAGCAGGUUUGCAGUGUACCCAUCCAUUGUGCCAGCUGAUCUUAAAUCAGUUAAAAAAGACUGAUUAUGUAUUGUACCCCUUAGAAGCAUGCUUUGCAAUAAUCUCAAGCUUUCUUUUUGGGAAAAAUUCUUGUUUUGAUUGCUCUCUGAUUGAUAAAUGAUUUUAACUCUUAGAAAUCAGGAAGAGUGAUUUCUUGCAGGAAGGGGAUUUGCAGGUUUGAAAACCCUUUUGAGGAAUGGUUUGGGGAUCUCCCUCUGAAAUGCAAGGUUAACUGCAAAUUGGAGCUUUAGGAGACCACUUCUAAGAUCUCCUUUCAUGUUUUUGAGAAAGCAUUAGCUGUUAAGUUUCUUAGUAUUUCUGUAUUAGCCUAAAAUGCAAGGUUUGGGGUUUAUCAAAGAUCAUUCAGAUACUUCAAGGUGAUCAAGCUUGUUACAACUAAGUGCACUGCAGUUAAAAGAUACCAUGACAUCUGAAAAAAGUGCCUUUUUUGGUGUAUGCUGCGCAUGUUUACAGACUCAGCCAGAGUCUUUGUAUUGCAGUCUGCUAUAUUUUGUUUGUGUUCAUAAAAACAAUUGUCAAUUUAAAUAAGGUUUACUUGGAACAAAACUCUAACCUUUCCUCCCAGGUGAGGCCUGGGAAAAAUCCUUCUAUCUUUUUAAACGUUCAAGUGAUUCCAGAAUUCUGCUCAUUCCAUAGUCAAGUAUCAGCAGAAUUGAUCCUGAUGGAAGAAAAGCCUAUGGAGACAGUAGCUAUACUGGACCUCUACAGUGGCUAUAGAGGACAUCCAAAUCAGCAAAAAUUAGAUACAAUCAGAGCCAUGUCAGACUGGACACAGAACAAGCUAUGAAACAAGACAGCAUUCCAGGAAGAAAGUUUGCUAGAAACCAUUAUGAAACAGAUAAGAGGCAUAAAACAAAUCCUAAAAUAAGUGAUAAAGGAGCACAGGCUGCAGGAGAAUAAGAAACAGGUCAUCUUUGUUCAGUUUGCUGUCUCUAUAUAAUUCCCAAAGAAGCAAGUUCUCUGUGUAGUGAAGGACAGGCUUGUUCUUUUCCUAACUCAACCAUUGUUUGUUCCUAAAAAGUAUUCAGGAAGCUGAAUAAAAUCCAAUUGAUAAAAUG